AUGAUUCGUCUUCCUGAAGAACAAGCAAAACAGAACGUUUUUCGAGUUUCUGCGAAAAAAGUGAGGAACAAAGACUUGGACUUUCUUCUGGAGUGCGAGGAAUUUGGCCUUCUUGAUGUAGGUACCUAUAUAGAUCUCACCAAGAAUGACUCCAUGAAAUCAGUGUGGGUAAUGAGAUCAAUUCCCGAUAUUGUUCAGACUUCUCGUCCAUCACGAACUCCAUUUGUUGUUGUGGGAGUUGGAGAUCGUGAACCAGACAGUCAGGUUCAUGAAGUAUGCAUGACUGUGAUUUUCCUUUGUGCUGCUUUGAAGAAGAAUUGA